CAGGGCGGGGAGGGGGGAAGGCCCCGCCCUCCGGGGGGAGUCACGUAGCUCUGCGGCAGCCGCAGCCUCAUCUACAGAAGCCGGGGCUGGAACCGCAGCUGUCGCGGAUCUGAAAGCGAGCUGUUCCUGUGGCUGCGCAGCUACCUCGCUGCGGACAGAACUGUCACCAUGCCCCACUCGUACCCAGCCCUUUCUGCUGAGCAGAAAAAGGAGUUGUCCGACAUUGCCCUGCGGAUUGUGGCCCCAGGCAAAGGCAUUCUGGCCGCAGAUGAGUCUGUAGGCAGCAUGGCCAAGCGACUGAGCCAAAUCGGGGUGGAGAACACCGAGGAGAACCGCCGGUUGUAUCGCCAGGUUCUGUUCAGUGCCGAUGACCGUGUGAAGAAGUGCAUCGGCGGUGUCAUCUUCUUCCAUGAGACACUCUACCAGAAAGACGAUAAUGGUGUCCCCUUCGUCCGCACCAUCCAGGAUAAGGGGAUUGUCGUGGGCAUCAAGGUUGACAAGGGUGUAGUGCCUCUAGCCGGAACUGAUGGAGAAACCACCACUCAAGGGCUGGAUGGGCUCUCGGAGCGCUGUGCCCAGUACAAGAAGGAUGGCGCUGACUUUGCCAAGUGGCGCUGCGUGCUGAAAAUCAGUGAGCGCACACCCUCAGCACUUGCCAUUCUGGAGAAUGCCAAUGUGCUGGCCCGCUAUGCCAGCAUCUGCCAGCAGAAUGGGAUUGUGCCUAUUGUGGAACCUGAGAUUCUGCCUGAUGGAGACCAUGACCUCAAACGUUGCCAGUACGUUACAGAGAAGGUCCUGGCUGCUGUGUACAAGGCCCUGAGUGACCAUCACGUGUACCUGGAGGGCACCCUGCUCAAGCCCAACAUGGUGACCCCUGGCCAUGCCUGCCCCAUUAAGUAUAGCCCAGAGGAGAUCGCCAUGGCAACUGUCACUGCCCUGCGUCGCACUGUGCCCCCGGCUGUCCCAGGAGUGACCUUCCUCUCUGGGGGUCAGAGUGAAGAAGAGGCAUCUCUCAACCUCAAUGCUAUCAACCGAUGCCCCCUUCCCCGGCCGUGGGCCCUCACCUUCUCCUAUGGGCGUGCCCUGCAGGCCUCUGCACUCAAUGCCUGGCGAGGGCAACAGGACAAUGCUGGGGCCGCCACUGAGGAGUUCAUCAAGCGGGCGGAGGUGAAUGGGCUUGCAGCCCAGGGCAAGUAUGAAGGCAGCGGAGAAGAUGGUGGAGCGGCAGUGCAGUCCCUCUACAUUGCCAACCACGCCUACUGAGUACCCCUCCACACCACAGCCCUUCGCCCAACCACCCACACCCAAUUUUGCCUGUAGUUAUGGCCAGGGCCAAGUAGCCAUGCAGAGCAGAGAUGCCUCCAUCCAGCACUGAGUCAUCUUCCUUUGUUCUCCUCCCCUCCCCUCUCAGAUUGCUGCACCUGGGACUAUUGGAUGGGAGGAUAGGGAGCCCUCGUGACUGAGGGCAGAACUUGCUAGAAGUCAGAGCAGGAUGCCUGGGUCUCCCCCCAGCCUCUGCCACCCCCCCCCCCCAGUUUUCCCAUGAUAGGGUUGCUUCUCCUUGGGCUCUCCUUGCCUGCCCUCUCUCCUGGGGUCAGAGGGUAGGGCAGCAGAGCUGACUCAUGCUUUGUGUGCAUACCACAUAGCAAAUAAAUGGUAGCAAAACA